AUGACCACCCUCUCCGAAACCGCGCCCGGGACUUCCCUCGACAUGCGCGUUGAGGACUUUCUCGAUGAUAGGCUCCAAUCCACCGCCGACCUCGACACCCUCGACGAGCUCCUCGCCAGCGUCGAGACCCAGCGCACUCAGCUCCAGUCGCAGCUCGACGAUGCCGUCAGGGAGCUCGACGAGGCCCGCCGCACCGCUCAAGACCGCCAUUUGUCCCUGCAGGCCCGCAUCGACGACUUCAACCAGCUGCAGCAGAGCAUCGAUGUCCGCGCAAAGGUCGCCGCCGCCUCCGACGCCCCUAGCGAAGCCAUUGCCCGCCUCAAGCGGCCCAUGAAGAAGCUCCAGACCGUCGACCUCGCCCAGAAAUACCUUCUUCUGCUGCAAGACGUCGAAGCUCUGCGCGCCGAGGCCCGGUCGCAUCUACCCGCCAGCCCCAAGGCCGCUCUUAAGCCCUAUGCUCGACUCAAGGAGCUCGCCAUGAAGCUGAGGGCCGUUCAGGGCAGCGAGGGCCUGCACCUAGUCGACCACGUCGAGAGGGUCACCGAUGUUCUUUGGUCCGAGAUGAAGAAGACCAUGUCCGCCGAGCUCGAGGCCGUCCUGACCAAGCGGCAAUGGCCCCGCGUCGACCCUCAGUCGCAGAUGGACGACGAGUGGAUUGCCUGCUUCGAGAAGCUCCUCGACCUCCAGAUGCCCGAACUCGUGCACAGCCCGGGCGUCGUCUCGCUCCUCCCAUUUGACGUCAUGACCAAGAUGUUUGUAACCGAGUUUCGCUUCCACUUCCUCAGCGACAAGCCCACGAGCAACUUGCAGGCCGUCGGCUCGCAUUGCUUCCCCUGGUUUCUCGCCACCAUUGACAAGUGGGAGGCCUUCUUCCGCGACAACCUCAGCCACCUGCUCUCUGCCAAGUUUCGUGACGGCCCGCUCGACACCAAGACGGCCUACCUGGACCCCGUCUGCGGCUUCGUCACUGCGAUGCUGCCCGUCAUGCGGGAAAAGGUGCAAGUGGUGGCAGCUGAGGCAAUCAAGAAUCCCCCCUACCUGAGUGGCUUCAUGUCGCAGCUGAUGGCCUUGGACGAUGACAUCCGCGCGAGAUACAGCUACGACGGCGGCGAUCCCGAGCUCGGCUGGCCUGGUCUCGCCGCCGAUGUCUUGGACACGCACUUUGACGACUGGUUCCAGGUGGAACGGGACUUUGCGCUCGAGCGUUUCGAGAAGACUUUGGAGUCACAGGACGCUCGGAAGAUCGACUAUGACUACGCCGUGGCGGGCAAGAUGAAGCCUACCUUUGCCGCUGUGCGAAUCCUAGAUCUACUGCGGGCCGUGACCUCCAAGUACGAGCGGCUGCACAAGCUCAAGCACAAGCUUCGCUUCCUCACCGACAUCCAGCUCGACAUACUCGACGGCUACCAUGACCGGCUGCGAGGGUCCCUGGAGGCGUACCAGUCCAUAACCUCCACGCUCGGCAGGACCCUGCACGGGGCGACCAGGGAGCAACUGGCUGCUCUAGAGGGGACGGGCGCCCUAGAGACGCUGUGCAAGGUGGCUGGCAGCGCGGACCGCGUCGCCAGCACCUUGUCGGAAUGGAGCGACGAGGAGUUCUUUGCCGCGUUGUGGGAGGACAUCCAGGCUCGUGAUGCGCGGCGACGAAGCAGCGAAGUCGGCCGGGAUGGUUUGCAGGGCCGCCUCCCCGACACGUCUGCCGAGGGCGACGAAGAAAGCGGCAUCUUUGACGAGACGGUGGCCGCGUACACAAUGCGCCGCAAGGCGGCAGAGGAGCUGCUGACUGGGGCCCUGACUGAGUCGCAUUCCAAGGCCUUCCGAGCCUAUCUCAACCAGGUUCAAUGGACGACGGUGGGCGAGACGGCUGUGUUGGACGACCCCUCGCAACUGUCCAUUACGCCGGAGUUGGAUGAGCCGCUGCACGUCCUCAAGCGCAACCUCGACUUCCUGUACAAGACGCUGUCGACGGCGUCGCUCCGACGCGUCUGGCACGAGGCGCUGGACCGACUGCAGGACAUGCUCUGGAACGGGGUGCUGGUGCGGCAGUCCUUUACCACGCUCGGCGCCGCGCAGUUUGCGCACGACGGCGCCGCCAUCCUGGCCCUGGUGGACCGCUACCUGCCCGGGGGCUCGUCGGCGCUCGAGGCGCUGCGCGAGGGCACGCGGCUCCUGAACCUUCCGGCGUCGGUGGGCGAGGGCGCGAGCGGCACGACGCUCAAGGAGGCGAGCGACCGGGCCUUUACCAGCAACGACGAGGCGCGCAGGGUGCUUGAGGAGCUGGGGCUCGAGGCGCUGACGCCGGUGAAUGCCAGGCACAUCCUGGAGAGGCGUGUGGAGAACAACGAGAAUGUCGGGUGGUGA